AUGGUUUUCAGGAAGAAAUUAAGUUGUUUAUGGACCUUAGGUCUCUGUUUGGUAGCCAGUAAAUCGUCUCCCAGAAACCCUACAAUCACAGACCAGAGUUUCAUAGACCAGUGCGUCAACGUCCACAACGAAUUGCGUGGCCAAGUCAACCCCGCCGCGGCCGACAUGAAACACAUGACUUGGGAUGAAGGUUUAGCAAUGAUUGCUGAAGCAUGGGCAAAAAAGUGCAAAUUUCAACACAACACCUGUAUAGGAAAAUCAUUUGAAUGCCAUCCAACUUUUCAAUAUAUUGGAGAAAAUAUCUGGUUAGGAGGAUUAAGCAUGUUUUCACCAAAAUCUGCUAUUCUUGCUUGGUAUAAUGAAACUAGAAUGUUUGAUUAUAGUACUCUUUCAUGUACUGGAAUUUGUGGCCAUUAUACACAGGUAGUUUGGGCCAAUUCAUAUAAAAUUGGUUGUGCACUUGAAAUGUGUCCUAAUCUUGGGAGCGCUGACACUGCAAUAUUUGUAUGUAACUAUGGACCUGCGGGAAAUUUUCCAAAUAUGCCCCCUUACACUCAAGGAGAAUCCUGCUCUUUGUGUGAAGAAAAAGAAACUUGCGUAAAUAAGCUCUGCCGAAACAAAGAACUUGAUAAACCUGAAAGUAUGUAUAAAAAUAUUUCAGCUUUGAUUCAAUAA